UAUUUUGAACAUAAAUAAGGGCUAAGCCGCGGCACUUCUUUUCUUACAGCGGAGUUUGGAGAUGGUCAGAGAGAGUGCGCCUGACGCGGUAGCUCUCUGACAAGAAGGAACAAAGGAGAUGAGUUUUAAAAAAUACAAGGACUAUUUAUUUUAGCCGUCGGCGCCAUGUGCGGUUCUGCAGCGCGUUUUUCUUAAAAUCUACAUUUUUUAUGAAACCGCCUGCGAACGAGCUAGCCAUCGAGCUAACUUUGGGCUAGCUUUUUUUUCCUUUGAUAAGACCAUCUGCCUCUUUCAGUUUUAAGACAGGUUGAAGUUUAGUUUUGAAUUACCCUCAGCUAUCAUCGAGUGUAGAAAUGGAGAAACCUGCAAGUGAUUUCAGCCCUGUUAGCCUGGAGGUGAGUGGAGGCCCCGACUCAGUCCCCAGAGUUUCCAGGCCAACUCUGCCCGAAUUCGAGCUGAAAGGCUCCCCAUGCAUCAAAAACCUCUUCUCCCCCGGAACUACCUCUCUGCUGUCUCCUGUGACUAACCUGACACUCAACAUGGACAAUCUCGCUUUUCUUGAAGGGCAAUGUGAGACCCCCAAAAGGAAGAAAAUGGAAAAGAGUGUGCCCUUACUGAAGAUUCCGUCAUUCGCUUCCGACACUUCCUCAGAUGCAGGUGAAAUCCGCCGCCCUCUCCGCUCUCAUAUUAAUCAGUUCCAUGGACUGGGCCUGGACUCUCCCAGCCCUGUGGAUCCAGUGGAUGCAGAACGCAAGUUUGAGCAGGCUAUACAGAAUGCUACCAGAGUGAUAAACGAAAGGAUGCCUAUUCGCAGGAUAAAUUCGUUACCGCUGCAGUUGCUUGGCCACAGUCCCAAUUUAAAGAGUAGAGAUUCUGAUCUGCCUCGUUAUGGAGUCUUUACUCAGGGCUGCACCAUCAGCUUGGACAACAAGGAGAAUCUGCAUGAUACAAGUUUUGAAUUUAAGAAGCCUACCAAGCCAGUUUCUCGCUGUCGACUGCGUUCAACUGGGGAGGCAAAGGAAGCGUUUGCAAGUCGGCCCAACUCUGCCCCUGCUCUUAUGCUUUCUCCUACCUCAUCUAAUCCGCUAGCCUCACCGGACAGUGACAGUCCCUUCACACUGCGACGCACAUCAUUCUCCAGCUUUCCUAAUGAUGAUGACGAUGGUUUUUUAGAUGUACUUGAUGAUGUAGAGACUGACUCUGAGGUACCUUCUGCAAUGGCUAGUUUGCUCACCGCACCUCUGGUUGCUGACCAAAGCAUGGAUGCUGCAAACUCUCCCGUUCGAUGUCGGCCACGAGGGCUCUUUCGCUCACCCUCCAUGCCAACAGGAGGUCGUGCGCAGCUUAAAAGGCCCGAUAGGCCCAGAGAUGAGAACACGCCUGUACGUGUGAAGAGGAGGAGGAGUGUUGCUGGGUCACAUGUCACAGCCAUGGAGCAGGAGGAAGCUGUUCCUCAACAGGUUCAGCGAUCAAAAUCCUUUAAUCAUGCAGAGAUAGAGAAACUAUUGGACACUGACCCUGGUAAUGUCAUCGGUGAUUUUACCAAGCCACCCGCUUUGCCCACGGUAGAUGGAAAACAUCAAGACUUGAAAUACAUCACUCCAGAAAUUAUGUGUGCAGCAAUGAAUGGACAGUUCAGUGAUGUGGUGGAGAGGCUGUUUAUCAUUGACUGUCGCUAUCCAUACGAGUAUGAAGGAGGGCAUAUCAAGGGUGCCCUUAACUUGCAUCAGGAGGACCAAGUGGAGGAGUGCUUUUUCAAACAACCCAUCCUCUCCGAAUCCCCCGAAAAGCGUGUGCUGCUGGUGUUCCAUUGCGAAUUUUCGUCUGAACGUGGCCCGCGUAUGUGUCGCUUUGUUCGUGAAAGAGACCGCUUUCUCAACUAUUAUCCCAAUCUCCAUUACCCUGAACUCUACAUACUAAAGGGAGGCUACAAGGACUUCUUUCCCCUACAUAAGAUGCAAUGUGAGCCUCAGAAGUACAGGCCAAUGCAUCAUGAAGACUUUAAGGAUGAUUUAAAGAAAUUUCGCCUGAAGAGCCGCACAUGGGCUGGAGAGCGCAGCAAAAGAGACAUGUACACCCGUCUUCAAAAGUUCUGAGACAAACGUUCUCAGGUUUACUGCCUAAACUCACUCACACUGUGUUCACAUGAUCAGUAUGUGGCAGUGACCUAAUGAAAUUAUAUUUAAUAUUGUUCAGGUUACCUGCCUGUGGUCAAGCACAUCCUACUGCCUUAACUCAUCCACACACACACACACAAACACUGCCUGCUCCAGUGGAUUACUGCUGGUGGGUUUGUUUUGACUCUCCCAUUUUCUACUCCAUUUCAGACCUCAAAGCACUUAUAUUUCUAGUGUUUAUGGUGGAGCAUGCUCCUUUAUAUUCUGAUGCAAAUCUUUGUCCCUGCCAUUUUGGUUCUGAGCCAUUUAUACAGAUAUUGUAAUUAGUUUUAUCACAAUCAGCCAGUGUUAACUUAAUUAUGUAAAUUCCAGUAAUAUAGGUCAAUAUCAGUGGUAAUUUUAAAUAACUAUUUUAAUACUUUUAAAAAUUUACUAUAAAUGACUGGUGCUGUUCAACUGUGUGAGAAGGCUGGAAUUUUUGCAUAAUAGUGAAUGCAGUGUGGGUCCUUAGCCAUUUUGCACUGCCUUUUUUUUUUUUUUUUUCUCCCCCCCCUCCAAUUUAAAAAGAUUACAUUGCUGAUGCUGAUUCCUGUGUUUUCAGAUUUGACAUGAAAGCACAAGUAGUAUUUAGGUUUGUGGGAGUAACAAACUGUCAUUGAACCAGUUUUUGACUGCACUCACUCAGGGGUACAGGCUUGGCUGAUUGCUGCUGGUCAGCGUGAGAUGACCUUAAUGUUCACCAAAAUACCCAGCAAUAAACAUGCAUGUAACUUUUUUUUUUAUUUUAUUUUUUAUAUAUAUAUAUAACAAAUUGUAUUGUAUUCCCCUUCCCUAAAUUCUAAUGAUCUGUUUGUAAGCUGAUUUGAGUGCUUUUGGCCGUAUGUGGGCCUGUGUGUGAAUGUAAGUUGUUAACUGCAAUAACAAUGUGAUGUUUGGGGAAUAAACUACUUUAAUCUA